AUGAAUCUAAACGAUACUGAAAUAGUCUGGUCUAUUUUGAAGAAGAGUGGCUUUCAGAAGACUGAUAUAGAAGAUGAAGCCGAUAUAUUUCUAGUGAUGACUUGCGCGGUCAGAGAAGGCGCCGAGAGUAAGAUUUGGCACAGGCUAGAUCACUUAAGGGGAUUUAAGAGAAGACGCGCGUUAUCGAAGAAUAAGCAUAAACCAGUAAAGAUUGGUAUAUUGGGGUGCAUGGCAGAGCGAUUGAAAGAAAAGUUAAUUGAAAAGGAAAAAGCUGUUGAUGUUGUUGCAGGUCCCGAUAGUUAUAGAGACCUUCCUAGGUUGCUAGCCCUUACCAAUAGUGGCCAAACAGCUGUAAAUGUUCUACUCUCCCUUGAUGAGACAUAUGCGGAUGUGAUGCCAGUAAGUUUGAAUCAGAACAAUGUAUCUGCAUUUGUGUCAAUUAUGCGUGGUUGCGAUAAUAUGUGUACAUAUUGCAUUGUGCCAUUUACGAGAGGUCGUGAGCGAUCAAGGCCGGUCACUUCACUGCUGGAAGAAGUGAGACACUUAGCAGGGAGGGGAGUGCGAGAGGUAACUCUGCUAGGGCAGAAUGUGAACAGUUACCGAGACGUGACACAGCAAACAGAACCUGUUGAGACAAAAUUGGCUGAAGGCUUCAAGACUGUGUACAAAACUAAGAAAGGAGGUCUUAGAUUUGCGGAUUUACUGGACAAAGUGUCUGCAAUAGACCCAGAGAUGAGGAUAAGGUUUACUGCAGCCCAUCCAAAGGAUUUCCCUGAUGAGGUGCUGCAGGUGAUAUCGGAGCGGCCCAACAUCUGCAAGCUGCUGCACCUGCCCGCGCAGUCGGGCAGCACCGCGGUGCUGCAGCGGAUGCGGCGCGGCUACUCGCGCGACGCCUACCUGCGCCUCGUCGACGCUGCGCAGAGGCGCAUCCCGGGCGUUGGUUUCUCGACGGACAUGAUCUGUGGCUUCUGCGGUGAGACUGAAGAAGAGUUCCAGGAGACAUUGUCCUUGAUGGAGGCCGUCGACUAUCACAUCGCUUACCUGUUCCCUUACAGCAUGAGGGAGAAAACCGCAGCGUACCGCCGCUACAAGGACGACGUGCCCGACUCGGUGAAGAGGGAGCGGCACGGGCGGAUGCUGGAGGUCUACCGGCGGAAGUGCCAGGCGCUGAACGAGGCCGAGGUGGGGCGCACGCACCUGGUGCUGGUCGAGGGCGUCUCCAAGAGUGGCCAGCUGGUGGGCAGGAACGAGCUGUACCUGAAGGUGGCCUUCGACCAGGCGCAGCUGGACGCGCAGGACGGGGGGCGGAGGCCCGCGAGGGUGGGCGACUACGUGGCGGUGAAGAUCACCGGCGCUAGGGCCUCGGUUCUGAGCGGGGUGGCCCUGCGGCACACCACCCUGACGAGCUUCUACCGGCACGUCGGCUGGGGCGGGCGGGCCGCUUUGACCCAG